AUGAACUCUCCUGACCCAGAUGACCAAUUAGAAGCUGAUGUAUACAGUAACUUGCCUUCUCGUAAUGAUUCUUCAACAGGGACAGUGACGAAGAGCAAUCGUAUCUCGUUGAAAUCGAAGCAUUCAGAGACAGAGCAACGAAGAAGAAGCAAAAUCAAUGAAAGGUUUCAGAGUUUAAUGGAUAUUAUUCCUCAGAAUGAUCAAAAACGAGACAAAGCGUCCUUCUUGUUGGAGGUUAUAGAGUAUAUUCGAUUUCUUCGAGAAAAAGUUCAGAUGUAUGAAGAAGAAGAAUCUCACCAAAUGUGGUAUCAACCACCAACCAAAUUGACUCCAUGGAAAAAUAAUCAUGAACCUGUCAGUGACCAUCCUCAAAUGGUGAAAAGCUGUUCGAGUAACGAUGAACUUGUUGCUGCUGCUCCUCCUUCCGAGUUGCUUUCGGAUUUCCCAGAUUCUUUGUAUCCUUAUCUCUACCUAGCAGCGAGUAGCAAGAUUCCUGAACACAGUCCUGCUUCAGCUGUGUCUUCUUAUGCAACCACCGAGCCUCUACCGCAGUUUGCUCAGCACGAGUUUUGGCAACCAAAACCAUGUUGUGAGUCUAGUAAUGGCAAUGCAAAUGGAUUGUUAAACUCGGACGACAAAACAUCAGAAAGCUUGUCUAAUGUCUGCUCACAAAGAGUACUACAUAGUCUAACAGAAGCAUUCGAGUCAUCGGGUGUGGAUAUGUCAAAGACAGUGAUAUCUGUAAAGCUUAACCUUCGGAAGAGAGCAGGUCCUGAGUAUCCUGACACUGUUUUUGCUUCUGAGGUUUAUUGUAAUGGCAUUGCGGAUGAACAAGAGGAUUCACCUACUGAAACCAAAAGCUUCUGCAAAGAUUUGGAUCAUUCUCAGAAGAGAAUAAGGCGAUGA